ACUUUUUCGUGCCAGUUACCACAUGUAGCAGUUAGAUCGUGGAAGGGUAUUUUGGUCAUGGUUUACAGCUUCUGCAUUUUAGAGGAAAACAAGGGGAGGGGCGCCCAAAGCCCCUCUCUGUCAUUGCCGCGACGGAUCAGAUAAUGGCGUCAGAGAAAUCUUGGCCGUGAGGCUCCGCGUUUCACACCCUUAUUUCUCCCUCUCUCUCUCUCUCUCUGUUGUUAUUACUGUCUGAAACCCUAGACAUGAGCAGGAGCAAGUUCUUUGAAGAACUGUAGCAAAUGAAGUUGUGAUGGCUACGGCAGAAGCGAGGGCUGUGUGGCAGCGAACGGCAAAUCGUUACUUUGUUCAAGAAGAUGCCAAGAGAGCUCCAAAGUUAGCAUGUUGCCCUUCACCAUCAUGCUCAAAGACUCAAUCUGAAACCGGCCAUGGUGAUCAUGGAAACGGGCCAGACCAUUCUUCUGCAAUUCCUGUACCCCUUAAUUGGAAUCCCACCAACAUGAAUCUUUCCCCUGAAUCUAAGUGGUGGCUUCAGCUGCAACCCAACUUUGGAAAUCAUAAGGACUUCACGUAUGAACAAAUCAAAGCCUUGGAGGCUGAGCUCGACGUCAUAGAAACUGGGCAUGAUACCCCAAGUUCCAAACUUGAUGAUGAGACACAGGAAACUGAAGAUGGUCAUGGUGGGCUGUAUAAGAAACCUCACUAUUCUUUGGAAACGACUUUUAGGGUUUCAACUGCCUGUUUGAAGCAUGAUUGUGAGCUAAGAAUGGAAGAACUCAAAGCAGUUCAUAUGAAACAGUUGCUGAAGAAUGAAGUGGAGGCUGGUGGCUAUCUUAAAUCUGAAUUUGGUGAUUAUUGGUAUGGCGACUCAAAGGUUAUGGAUAUGGAGCCAAGUGACCUACUUACUUCAGAGAGAUCAGAGAAGGUGUCAGCUGAUUAUGGGGCACCUUGGAUGUGUGAGAAAACAGGACCAUGGUGGCAUAUUACUGAUAAACAUGAAUUGGAGACCUUGGUAGAGCAGAAGACAUCUCAACAUGUUGAGAAUUGUGAUCUUCCACGACCACAUCCCAUGCAAAUAAAGAAGGGCCCAUUUUCUGGUUUUGAAAGUUCUGAGCAUGAGGAGAUAGCGUCCACAUUGUUUGAGCAUAAAUUUUCUUCUUCUGAUUGCUACCCUACAGAGCUUUCUCAGUUUGAUUCUGCUAGUGGAAGCUUGGGCAGGACUCAACAAGGCCCACUCCAUGAUUCUAUGAAGACAUUCAGUUGUGAGAACAAUAAGAAGGAAACAUAUGAAAUUAGCCGACUCAGCUUUGAGAGUGAAGCAAGCAAGGCCCAACUCUUAGAAGCUCUUUGCCACUCUCAAACCCGGGCAAGAGAAGCUGAGAAAGCUGCCCAGAAAGCCAAUUCUGAGAAGGAACACAUUAUAAAGCUCUUCUUUAAACAAGCAUCUCACCUGUUUGCUUACAAGCAAUGGCUUCAGCUCUUACAGUUAGAGACCCUUUACUUGCAACUCAAGGCAAAGGAGCAGCUUCUUCCUGUCUUGCCAUGGAAGCCUAAAGAAGACAAGCAGUGGAGGCAGAAGAAGAAAAAGAGAAAGAUUGGUCAUCACAUAUAUGAUGCGAGCACAUUAGCUUUUGCAGUUGCUGUUGGGUUGAGCCUUGCAGGUGCCGGAUUGUUUUUGGGCUGGACCAUGGGUUGGUUGCUCCCUACUUUUUAAUCAUUAUUUGCAAUAUGUAUGUAUAUAUAUGUAUGUAUGCAUGCAUGUGUAUAUGUGUAUAUAUAUAUAUGUCUCUAAUGUGUUUCUCUGGUUUCUGUUUGAUGUAUGGGUUGUGGGUUGUGUAUAUUAAUUUUCGGAUUUGUAUAUAUUUGGAUGGGAGCCCAUGGAAUUGGAUUGAAGUGGUAGGAUUAUUUGAUGAUGACGGCUUUUUGUGAGGAGGGCAACACAGCGAUUGCAUUAUGUGUUC